AUGGCUCUCGAGGAAACGAGAACGGGCGUAUAUGAGCGGCCCUUCGACACGCUCGAAAAAUUCCAUCUGACUGUUGCUUCAACUGGGGCAGCUUCCUCAAAGGAGGACUGGAUUGUCGGCAGCGUCGUCAAGCUCAGUAUCAAACCUGAAAUCGUUGACUUGAGAGGCGCCUGGAUAGCCCUCCGGCACUUGCAUCCUCGUAUCGCAGCAGUUGCCGACGAGAAAAGGGAGAACUUGCAGUACACAGUUCCGACCUCUGAAGCCUUGGAGCAGUGGCUACAGAAGACGUUCAUUGUGCAUUCGGAAGGUGAUCUGGAUGCUAGUAAGCUGCAACGCGUUUUACCUCCAACGUCUCUUUUCAAACUUCACUAUGUACCCGCAUCGCGAGAGCUCCUAUUUCGCGCGUCACAUUGGCGGACAGAUGCGAUAGGCAUAAUGCUGAUCCAAGAUGCUUACCUGUCAAUUUUAUCCGCGAGCCCUCAAGAGGUUGUCUUUGAUGGAUCUGAAAUAUCCCGCAUCGCGCCUACCAUGGAUGAGCUGCUUGCUCCAAACUUCGAGGUCACAGAAGAUGUGAAGCAGGCAACCCAGGAUGUUCUGUCCUUCGCUCUCAAUGGCCCUCAGAUUGCAUCAUUCAAGGAAGCAAAAUCCGAUAUAAUCCCAGGAGAAACAUACCGUACUAGCCGCAAAUUCUCCAAAGAAGAGACCCAGCUUAUCGUUUCUGGGGCCAAAACGCGGGGUCUGACGGUCUCAACUGCAUUGCAAUCAGCUGUGUUACUAACAGCCUCACAAAAUUCAGCUCCUUUGGACGGUCGCAUGAUAUACUUCAAUAUCUUUAAUGUUCGGAAAUACCUUCCUGCCCCUUGGAAUGGUGCUGAGGGUUCCGCGGGCCUAUACCAUACAGCCCGACUACACGGCUUCAAUCUGAAUGAUGAAAAGGAUUUUGCUUCUAUUUCCAAGGCUCUACAAUCUCAUUUCGCUAAAGACAUUCGGGAUCAUUUUCGCUCCAUGCCCUCAAUUGCCCAGUUAUAUGCAAGUAUGGUAGCUCCGCCGAUAGAGAUUGCUAAUCAAGAUCCUUUAUCGGCUCGCCUACAGUUUAGUCCAUUUGGAAUCGUCGAUGAUAAUCUUCGGGCUCGGUUCGAGGGCUCGAGGUACACAUUGGAAAUUGAAAACUGGUGGCUCGACGUCCAAACUAUCAAGAAGGGCCUGCUUACUUUCGUUUGGACUCGUGAUGGGGAGUUACACAUCUCUCAAAACUAUAAUGAGGCCUUUUAUGAGCAUCAGUUUGUUGAGCGGUUCAUAGAGGAGUGGAAAUCAUGUAUUGAGAAGGAAUUCAUCAACCCAUAG